GGGAAGCCGCCGCGGCAGCGCCUCUGCUCGCAGGGGCCCCCGGGCAGCCCGGGGAGGGCGCCGUCCGCGCCCCGGACCUGGAUUCUCUCUGGGACGAUUUCUCCCGGAGCCUCGCCGGCGACCACCGGGAGCUGCUGGCCUUCCUCGCAGGCCCAGGGCCGGGGCUGCAGGCGGAGGCUCAGCACGAGCUCGACGUGGCGCUCAGGACCGUCAUCCCCAAGAGGAGCCGGCGCUGCCCGCUCGCGGCUCCGCGGAGAGAGAUGGUGGCGCGGGAUGUCCUCAGGGGAACUGUCACAUUUUUACCUUUGGAAGAAGAUGACCAAGGCAGUUUGAAGGUUCAGAUGAGCAACGUGUAUCAGAUUCAGCUCCGCCGUGGCCGUGAAGAAUGGUUCAUAUCUGUUUUGAUUUUCUGUCCAGAAAGAUGGCAAUCGGAUGGGACUGUGUAUCCCAAACCCGCCUGGCUUGGGCGCGAGCUGCCGGCCAGGCUGGCCCGGUGGUCUGUGGCGAGCGAGAGCAGUGGCUUCAAAAGCACCCUGUCCCUCCUCCCCAUCCUCAAGUACAGCCACACCUACCAGGAGCUCAAAGACAAGUACAAGCACAUGGUCCAGGUGUGGCCUGAAGUGACUGAUCCUGAGAAGUUCGUGUAUGAAGACGUGGCUAUUGCUGCCUACCUGCUGGUCCUAUGGGAAGAAGAGCGAGCCGCGCGGGGCGUGACAGCGAAGCAGUCCUUUGUGGACCUGGGCUGCGGAAACGGCCUCCUGGCACACAUCCUGAGCGGGGCGGGGCAUCCAGGCAGAGGGCUUGAUGUCCGAAGAAGGAAGCUCUGGGACGUGUAUGGGCCGCAGACGCGCUUAGAGGAAGCUGCCAUCACACCGAGUGACGAGACCCUCUUCCCUGACGCUGAUUGGCUAAUCGGGAACCACUCCGAUGAGCUGACCCCGUGGAUCCCUGUCAUCGCGGCCAGGUCCUCCUACCGCUGCCGUUUCUUCGUCCUCCCCUGCUGCUUCUUCGACUUCGUUGGAAGGUACCGCCGGCGGCAGAGUGAGAAGACGCAGUACCGGGAGUACCUGGAUUUCAUCCGGGAGGUGGGGUCGGCCUGCGGCUUCCACGUGGAGGAGGACUGCCUGCGGAUCCCUUCCACCAAGCGCGACUCGUCCUUCUCUCACUCACCCCCUCGUCGGGUGUGCCUCCUGGGGAGAUCCAGGACCUACCCGAGCGCCGCAGAAGCCUCCGUGGACCAGCAGAGGACCCAGUACAUCAGCCGCCGCCGGGGCUGCCCUGCAGGCCUCUCUGCCCCGGGGCCUGCCCCCACCCCGCCCCAGGCUGAGGCUGGCAGCGUGGGCGUGGACUGCUGCCCCUGCGGUCCUCCCGACGGUCCUGGAGCCCUGGAGGCUGGGGCUGAGGGACGCUGGCUGCCCGGGUUUCACCCCCGAGACAGAGCUGAGCGCGUGAGGAACUGCACCGCCCUCCCCAGGGAGUUCGUGGACCAGGUGGUUUUGCAAGUGGCAAACCUGUUGUUGGGCGGAGAGCAGUUAAGCCCAGGAAGUCCUCGCGGCGGGAGUCCACAGACCUGGAACCGAGGAGCGAGCCUUUCCCUGGCGGAGGUCGCGGGCCAGCUGGACCAGGAGACCCUGCGGAGGCUGAAGCGGGAGUGCGGCGGCCUGCAGACGCUGCUGCGGAACAACCACCAGGUGUUCGCAGUUCUGAACGGGCGAGUGCACUUUCGAGACUGGAGGGAAGAGAAGCUGCAGGAGGAGAAGCAACCGGAAGCCAG